AUGUCUCCAACACAAGAACUGUGACCAGGGGCAAAGCAGUUACAUUUUACUGGGGGAAUAAUCUGUACUGGGACUUCAGUGGAAAGUCAAGCAAGACCCUACUCUGAGGAUAAAUUUGUUGGAAGAAAAAGAUGUUUCCUUUCUAUUGCAACUCCUGAGUUUUCCAUCAUCACUGUCUGGGCUUCUGCAAACACAGACACUGUUUACAAAAUUUUAAUACAGCUACUAUUGACAGGCAAUCAAACACGGAAUUUCCUUUGCUAUGAAGACGAUAAUGUUGAUGGGAUAAGCAGCGUGAUCGUCUUAAAACUGGCUCUGAAAUAUCAUCCUGACAAGAAUCCAGACAAUCCAGAGGCUGCAGAAAAAUUUAAAGACAUCAACAAUGCGCAUGCAACACUGACUGAUCUGUCCAAGCGAAACAUAUAUGACAAGUAUGGAUCAUUAGGGCUCUAUGUGGCAGAACAGUUUGGUGAGGAAAAUGUCAACACCUACUUCAUGCUCUCAAGCUGGUGGGCAAAGGGCCUGUUUGCAGUCUGUGGUCUGCUGACGGGCUGCUACCUCUGCUGCUGCCUCUGCUGCUGCUUCAACUGCUGCUGCGGAAAGUGUAAACCCAAAGCACCCGAAGGGGAUGAGCAUGAGUUUUGUGUGUCUCCAGAAGAUUUGGAAGAGCAAAUUAAGAAUGACAUGGAAAGAGAUGGAGAAACUCCUAUCGUGCUUCAGCCGACUAACGCAAGCGAGAAGACACAGCUAAUAGGGGACAGCCACCGGAGCUAUCACACAGACUCCUAA